AUGCCACCCAGAGUCAGAGCAGCCUUGCGUUCUGCGGGAAGUGGUAGGAGAGGCGCGACCGGAAGCCCUACGAUACCAGUUAAUGAGACCGCUGAUGAUACCGUUGAUGAUACCGUUGAUGAUACCGCUGAUGAUACCGUUGAUGAUACCGUUGAUGAUACCGCUGAUGAUACCGCUGAUGAUACUUAUAAUAUUGCCGCUAAUACUACGAUACCCUUAAAUGCCGAAUUAACAA